UAAAUACCUCCCAAAGAUCAUAUUUCUGUAUAUCUUGGGAUGUUCCUCAUCAACUCUACCGUGUCAAUGGUUUUUGAUCGCGAUGUGACUGCGAAAUCGUUUAUGGAUUUUGUCCAUAAAGGGACAGGCGAGUUGACCUCGUCAGGAUGCUCAGCCUCCGCAUUUGUGUCCACCUCUUAUGCCAAAUCGUCGGGUGAAGCUGACUGGCCGGAUGUACAAUUUAUUUUUCUGGGGAACGGUGUUUAUGCCAAAAUGCACACGGACAUGUCGCAUGGAUUUCACGUGGAUCCCACAAUUAUGAAGAAAUAUUUGUCUAGUGAUCUAGUCGGAAAAGAUGCAUUCCAAAUUAUCGUGUCCUUAGCCAGACCUCGAGCUAGAGGGGUAAUGCGAUUGAGUGGAAAAUCGCUCACAGAUGAUCUAAUUAUUGAUCCCAGGUAUUUGGAUAACGAGUAUGACAACUCUGUGCUGUUGGAGGGCGUGAAAAUGGCUGUUCAUCUUGUUGAAAACACAACUGUGUUUAGAAAAAUUGACGCAAAAUUUACCAGCAACGUGUUCCCUGGUUGUGAAGAUGUGCCAUUCAAAUCAGACGAGUAUUGGAGGUGUUUCAUUAGGCAGUACAGCAUAACUUUGCACCACAUCGUUGGUCCUUGUUCUAUGGGUCGAAAUGAUUCUAAAGACGCCGUGGUGGAUACCAGGCUUCGUGUUUUAGGUGUCACAGGACUUCGAGUGAUUGAUGCAUCAAUUUUUCCAAAGGUUCCAAUCAGCAAUACAAAUUCAGCGACGGUGAUGGUCGGAGAAAAAGGGUCUCAUUUUAUCUUGCAAGUUUGGGGAGUGAACUCGACUCGGACACAAUAAUGAAAUUUAAAAUAUUUAAUAACCUACAAAACCUAAUGUUCCUAAAUCGUGGCUACUUAACGGUAUUAUGAUUGUUUAUGUGUGUAUUUAUCGUGUGUCCUAUGUGCAAGGGAAAGAAAAAAGACUGAGAUUUUGAUAACACGUACGAUAAGCUACACUGCAAAAGAAGAGUGUCAAGGAUCCUUUUGACAUUAUUGCGAUAUUAAAAUUUAAUAAAAAAGAUAACAUGCGAGUCUAAUUUUAAAAUGUUAACUAUUAUUUCAUCAGCUUUAAAAUUAAUUACUGAAUUUCGUUACAGCCAAGUCGAAUUAA